AAAAGGCUAUAUAAUUAUAUUGGGGGGGUCAAGUGGUAAUUAAGGGCAACAACCCCUGAACCUCAGCUGUAAAGGGACGUCAAUUAUUAAUGCAUGCAGAUUGAGGGUUUUCCACUAGUUACCCCAGCUACAAAGUCAACAUUGUCUAUAUUGUAAAUAUUCAUGAAAAAAAGUAAUUGCUUUUUGGUCUUAAUUUAAGGUUAGGCAUAAGGUUAGUAGUGAGGUGGGUAUGAUUAGGUUUAAAAUCAUUUUAAGAAGAGAAAUUGUCGAAAUAGGCGGGGUUUAUGACUUUGUGGCUGUGCUAACUAUAGUGACUAGCGGUGGAGGAGAGAGUGAAGGUUGCGCUGGAUUUGGCACAGACAGGACGUCUGAGUAGGCUGUGUGUGUGUUUGGUGUGUUUGGAGCCCAUUGACAGCACUGGGAGGUUGAGCGCUCCUGUCAACGAGUGAAAACUGCGCUUGCAUCGAGCGCUGUGUGAAUGGCGGAUGACUGCGCUAGGCUCGGUACAAUAAUCCGUCACUGUUCGCACCGCAGACUUUGCCCGGUGAGGGAGUCCAGUAACGUGGCGCGAGCAGCUGUCAAGCAAAGCUAGCAGCGGAACCCGGGGCUCCUCGAGCUGUCAAGCUAGUCGAUCGCUGGAGCGCGCCAGCCUAGACCCCCAUUGAUACUGCUGCUGCCAUGGAGAGGAGAGAGCAUCCAGUCGGAGAAGUCCUCAUCAUUCCGAUGAGAUCUUCAACGUCACUUUUGCCCCAGGAUUCAGCUCGACCCCAAACCCUUUCCCUACAGCCCUCCUCCCCUCCUCCCCCUCUUUCCUCCCCUCCUCCCACCUUCUCUCUGUCCAGUCCCCAGCUCCAGGCUGAGUUUCUGAGGAGAGCUCCCAGAGCUGCUUCCCCUGACAACGACUCGGCAAGACACCAAAACCUUCCCCACAAGCCCUCUCCCCCCAUCUCCCCCUCGGUGUCCCCCUUCUCCUCCCCUCCUCCCCCUCUUUCCUCCCCUCCUCCACCCCUCUCUCUGUCCAGUCCCCAGCUCCAGGCUGAGUUUCUGAGGAGAGCUCCUAGAGCUGCUUCCCCUGACAACGACUCGGCAAGACACCAAAACCUUCCCCACAAGCCCUCUCCCCCCAUCUCCCCCUCGGUGUCCCCCUUCUCCUCCCCUCCUCCCCCUCUUUCCUCCCCUCCUCCACCCCUCUCUCUGUCCAGUCCCCAGCUCCAGGCUGAGUUUCUGAGGAGAGCUCCCAGAGCUGCUUCCCCCGACAACGACUCGGCAAGACACCAAAACCUUCCCCACAAGCCCUCUCCCCCCAUCUCCCCCUCUGUGUCCCCCUUCUCCUCCCCUCCUCCACCCCUCUCUCUGUCCAGUCCCCAGCUCCAGGCUGAGUUUCUGAGGAAAGCUAGCCGUGGUCUCAGAACUGUCUCCUGUGACACCAACGAUGUCCUCACCUCCCCCAGCUCCACCCUGGUCUCCCCCUUUACCUCCACCACCACCUCCCCCCUUACCUCCCCCCCACAGCCCCUUUCCCCCUCCAUGCCAACUACAGAGGGUUGCGCUACUCUCCUGUCUCUCUCCAGUCCUGAGCUGCUAACUGAGCUGUGUCAGUCUCAGUCCCGUCCUAUGAAGCACGUCUCCGUCUCUAAAGGACUCACCACUGUCUUCUCUGGACGGGGCAAGGGUGUAACGACUCCUAUCCCUGCCACUGCGUCAGGAGCAGCCAACCAGACACUCCGCUCAGACUCCACGGCUAAUGGGAGAAGACAGGCAGGUCCCAGGCUGUCUAAUGGGACAAAGCGUUAGACUAAGCUAAAGUGCCUCUGAUGACCCCAGCUACUAUAUAAUGUAAUUGAAAAUAAUGAAAACCAGCAGUACUGUGGCCCUCCGGGGCCUGGAGUUGAGAACUGAAUGACAAAUGACCAAACACUAUCUAUACUGCCAUGUGCCACUGCCAACACACUAACAUCAUAGACACAAUGCCAACCGACACACUUACACACACUGUAACACACACACACACUGUAACUCUUCAUGUAAGACAUGGAGAGGAAUGUGGUAAGGUGAGGCAUGUCUCUCUCUGCAAAAAAUAAAUGAUCGCAUGUAUCAUAACACACUUGUUGGUCUCUGUAUUGUGUGUGUCACUGAUAAGAUCCAACCCAUGGCCAGAGUCUAGAGAUAUCAUGAGAUACAGGGACUGUGUGUGUGUGUGUGCGUGCGUGCGCGUAUGUGUGUGUUGAUAGAGGGGUGAUGAAACGGCGGUUGAGAUAAGAGCCAAAGGUUAAAGGUCAAGUACAUAGUGUUCCAGGAGGUGUGGCUUAAAUAGGAAGUGUGUCUUUACUGUAAUACAUUUAGAAAGAGAGUGAAAGGAAAACAAUACUAGAAAUCGUGUAAGCUGCAUAGAGAGUAGAGGGAGAAAGGGAGAUGACAGAUAUAGAGAAAUACUUCUAGGGGAUAGCGUUUACUACCAGUUAGUCGUAUUCCCCAGCCGGAUCUCUCUCUGUAGCGAUUAGCCUGGGGACGAGGUGACCUACCAGUAUGUGAGGGGUGGUCUACUGAGUGUGUCUGUGUUCAUCAGGACAGUACCUGUCUGUGUAGACAAGAUGGGUAUUAAUGGGCGACUGCAACGCUACCUGCUGCCAGCCUCCAUCAUGGCUCUGCUGCUCUUCCUCAGUUCUUUCUGGCUCCCUCAGAUUGCUAUGGGUGAUUGUGAGACCUCCUGGCACCCCUGUCUGAGUUUCAAUUUCUACCGUCCAACACCGGAGACCCCUGUUAUUCCUCAUCCAGGAGGGGUGCAGAGUGGGGGACAGCAUGGUGAGAGGGGUGUAGUAUUGGGUUCCGUGCCCCCUCUCCAUGUGUGUCCAGGUCAACAGUUCCAGGUGUGGCGUCUCAUGUCCCACCUAACCUCUUCCAUGGCUACGCACUCUGACGACGUUCUGCUGGAGCAUUACCUCUACAGCUGGGACGAACUCAUCAAGUUUAUGGAAUCUCUCGGCCCUCUGGUCAGUUUUUUCUCUCAGAAGGUCAAAGAUAAGAUCGCUGUCAUCAGAGAGCUGGCCCAGCAGGAGAAAGUGGACCAUGAGAAACGUAGUCCAGCAGAGGGACACUCUGGACUACAAACUCCCCCAUCUGGACUACAAGGCCCAGCGGCCUACAGCUCAGUGCGUUCCAUGGUGGAGUCGGAGCUGCAAAGUGGCUUGGUGAACUUCAAUGUACGGACGCGCUCCGGGUGCAGAAAUCUGCUGCGGCUCCACCGUUCCCUGCUCUGGAUCCUGCUGCUACUGCAGGGCCUGGGGGAGGGACCGGACGCACAGGGGGCUUACCGCACCCCUGGGGAGCUCUGCAGGGAUGCGUACACCGUCGCCCUGGCCCCCCAUCGCCCCUGGUUGAUCCGCAGGGCGGCUGAGCUGGUGUUUGUAGCUCUGCCAGACAGAAGAGUGUUCCUGGACAUAGUUUGUGUGAGAAAAGAGGAGGAGGUUGGGCCGGUGCUCAACACGGUUCUAAACGUUAUGAGAGAGGUAUACACACGCACACAGAGCAUGCUGGAAGAACACAACAUGAUGGAGCUGCCAUAGACAGACACACACACACGUACGCAAGCACACAUAGCCUGCACAGACUAUAAAGACACAUGAUAGAGAGACUGUAGAGACACACAGCAACUCAGUUAGUUAGGCCUACCGUAUAAGCAUGUUUACAACUGUAUAUCUAGAAAGGCCUUUAUAAUUAAGGAUAACCCUGGAAUACCUGCUCUGUGUCAGUGAAGUGAAAAGAGUGAAUAAACAUGUUAUUUAUU